UGGCAAUGUCGCCAUUUGAGAUGGCAGCCCAUUCCACCAAGACCUCUCGUCAACUUAACCUCUGUACUCCCUCCCUCUCUCUCCUUCUCCCUCUCCCUCUCUCCCUCUCCCUCCGGACCAUCCGCACCUUGGCCCGUUACCAUGGAGAGCACGAUACACUCUUACAUACGCCUAUUGGCGAUGUACAUUGUCGAUACAGUCGGCCUGACCUCGACGUCAUCCUCGCAUUGUCCUAUUCGAAGAAUGGGCAUCCUAUAUAGCACCCUCUCUCUCUGGCGCCAUGAACCCCCCAGACCCACGAAGACCUCCAUGGACCUCGCGAGCCUCCCUCCCGAGAUCCUCCUCUGCAUUGGCGAGCAUCUGGAUGAAAAAGACCUGAACUCGCUCAUCAGGACGGCCAGAGUAUUUGCCGAGCUGCUCUCACCCCAGCUCUACGACUUCGUGGUGGGCUGCCGCACACGCCACGCCUCUUCCGAUCUGGCACCCAACUCGAGCUUCAAGAACGGUGCUCUAUCGCAUGCCGGUCGCUGGCAUUCGCGCUAUGCGCUCAACUACUUUCGUACAAAGCGAGCCGACAUCCUUUUGCGCAUGGACCAGGAAGGAGGGCUCCUCCUAAACAGAAUCGCACGUGCCGGGAACGCAGAAUUGGUAUCGAUUCUCCUGGCUAGAGGUGCAGACGUCAACGCCCACUAUCGUGAUCCGCAUGCGUUGGCCUGGGCGGCGAAACGGGGCCACAAGGACGUUGUCCGCAUACUCCUUGACGCAGGAGCGGAUGAUGACGUCUUCAAGCCCUGCCAGAAGACGCUAUUGCACGCAGUCUAUCGAUAUAGAUUCAACAAAUGCACCGUGAUCUCUCAGAUGCUGAUCGACCGGCUCAAGGAGCGCGGCGAGAUAUCAAAACGAAGUUCUGACAAUUCCACGGUGUUACACUACGCCGUUAGAUAUAACAAGACAUACGCGGUACCGCAGCUGAUUAAAGCUGGUAUCGAUUUGAUGGUUCUCGACAGCGAUGGUUUGUCCGCCCUGGAUAUUGCCAUCAAAUUUGGAAAAAUGGACGUCGUGCACCUACUGCUUCAGGUAUAUCCGGGACCCUGGCCGUCUUAUUACAUUCAAAAGGCCAUAUGGGAGGCAUGCGACAGGCUUGAUCUCGAGAUGCUUGAGCGAAUCGUGCCUCUAGUGGAGUCUCGAACUAUACCCGUGGAUAUUUCGCUUUUCGAGAGAAGUCGAGCCGGGCUGACGGCUCUCCACGUCGCAGCCCGCGGACCCAAGGACUGGGCCCGAGUGUCUGACAGUGCUUUCUCUCGCGAAUCACAUUGCCUUGUCAAGCGAUGGCAGAAGGUGGUCGACCUCCUCCUGAAAAUGGGCGCCAGCAUCUCCGCCCGGGAUUGUAUCGGACGCACGCCGUUCCUGUACGCAGUCGAGAACGGCAGCCCGGAGAGAAUACCUUUCUUGCUCCAGAGACUCGGCUCCACGACCUCGAUCCGUGAUCACCUGGGCCGCACGCCGCUUCAUGCCGCGGUGCACAGCGAAAAGAGCGAGCUCAUGGUCCGAUGGCUGCUCCCGCUCGGUUUCGAUAUCAACGCGCAAGACUCCCACGGACAAACGCCGCUGCACUACGCGGCUACGUGCGCUUCGACCCUGCCGACUCUGGAAUACCUACUCAGCGCCGGUGCCGAUGACUCGAUUUGCGAUAGGCAGGGCUUGCCCCCGAGUCAUUUCGCCGCUACCCAAAGACGAGAUGCAGGUCUUAGGCUAUUCGUCAACGCGGGUGCCGCUCUGCACAGGAACUGUGAACUGUGCUUCCGGAAAUCCAUUGAGUGGAGAACGGACCAUGGCGAGUGGCAGAAUCUCUCAGAACCUUCGGAUCUAAAUGACCUCUUCGACCAGAAAUAA